CCCCAGGCCAGCGAGCAUGGUGGUGCUAAAGGGCGUCCCCGCGGUGCUGUCCCCGGAGCUGCUCUUCGCGCUGGCGCGGAUGGGGCACGGAGACGAGAUCGUUCUUGCAGACGUGAACUUCCCCACCUCCGCCGUCUGCAGGUGUGGCCCCGAGGAGAUCCGCGCCGACGGCCUGUGCGUCCCACAGCUCCUGGAGGCCGUGCUGAAGCUGCUGCCGCUGGACACCUAUGUGGAGAGCCCGGCUGCUGUCAUGGAGCUGGAGCCCAGUGACCGGGAGAGGGGCCUCCAGACCCCAGUGUGGAGAAGCUACCAGUCCAUCCUCCUCGGAGCUGGCUGCACGAGCACCCUGGCAAAGAUAGAGAGGUUUGAGUUUUACAACCGGGCCAAAAAGGCAUUUGCUGUUGUAGCAACUGGGGAGACGGCUCUCUACGGAAACCUCAUCCUCAAGAAGGGGGUGCUGGCCCCCGAUGCCCUGUUCUAGGCCUGUGAAGACCGCCCCAGGCCCAGAGAGGGAUCUGGACUCCUGAGCCCGACAACGCCACCAGCAGGCCCACCCGGC